CAAGGGUUGCAUAAACAGUACAUGUGUGUAAGGUAUGGGCAGAUCCAUUUGGGUUGAUUGAGUAAACUGCAGAUAAACAUAUUGGUGCUCAACAACAAUGGUGCAAGUACCCAAAGUCCGCUUGUCCGAGGGCCUUGAGAUCUGUAGAAUAUUAAAUGGAAUGUGGCAGGUUUCGGGGGCUCAUGGGCCUGUUGAUACUCCAAAAGCAGUAAAUGCCAUGGAUGUCUAUAUGAAUGCUGGGCUGACCACUUUUGACAUGGCGGAUAUCUAUGGACCAGCAGAAGAUAUCUUCGGAGCCUUUUCCAGCCAGCUGAAAACCAGAAAAGGAGAAGCAGCUCUGAAUGGAAUCCAGGGUCUGACCAAGUGGGUGCCCCGCCCAGGGCCUAUGAACAGAAACGUGGUUGAGAAAGCUAUUCAGCGGUCUCUCAAGAGAAUGCGAGUGAAGAGCCUGGACUGUCUACAGUUUCACUGGUGGGAUUAUAGUGACAGGAGGUACCUGGAAGCACUGGGACAUCUCUCAGAUCUCCAACAAGAGGGGGUGAUACGGGAACUUUCCUUGACCAACUUUGACACAAAAAGACUGGAGGAAAUCACUGGCAAAGGAAUCCGCAUCUCCAGCAAUCAGGUUCAGUACUCCCUGAUUGACAGGCGGCCAAUGGUGAAAAUGGCCCAGUUUUGCGAUUCACAGGGAAUUCAACUUCUCACCUAUGGAACUCUGGGUGGGGGUCUCAUCAGUGAGAAGUAUUUGGGGGCUGCAGAGCCCAGGGGCCAAGGAGAGCUCAAGACGGCGUCUCUGAGCAAAUACAAGAACAUGAUCAACAUGUGGGGCGGCUGGGGUCUCUUCCAGGAGCUGCUGGGCAGCCUGGACUCUGUCGCCCGGUCUCAGCACUGCACCAUUGUCAACGUGGCCACCAAGUACAUCCUGGACAUGCCGGCAGUGGGAGGAGUGAUCGUGGGCAGCCGGCUCGGGGUGCCAGGUGCCGAGCACAUCCAGGAGAAUCUGAAGAGCUUUGAGGUCAACCUCUCUGCCAAUGACAUCAGCAAGAUCGAAAGUGUUCUGAGCCGCUCCAAGGACCUAAUGCAAGUAAUUGGUGAUUGCGGAGAUGAGUACAGAAACUAGAGGAUUAGAAAUAUAUACCUCAGUGACUUUGGGUCAUAUUCUGAAAAAAGGAACACUACUUUUUUUUUGUU